UAGUGAGGGUCUAGAUGGAGUUGUUUAACUUUUAUCUACAAUGCUGUCGAAUGAUUUUAUUUUGUACCAGUAAAAUGGUACAAAAUGGCUCCGACCCUGCUGCAGAAGCUGUUUAAUAAAAGGGCAAAUGCGGCGUCGCCUUCGAAAAGUUCCAAGGAGGGUCCCGGGUUUAGCUGGACGCCUGUGGAGUUUGACGUUAACCAGAUUCGACUGAUUGUUUACCAGGAUUGCGAAAGGAGAGGCAGACAUGUCCUGUUUGACUCAAAAGCAGUGCGUAAAGUUGAAGGUGCCUCUGUGCAGAAAAGUUCAGAUGGUUUGUCCAAAUUGCAAGGAAAAUGCUGCCAUGCAGGUAGCGGUGGUACCUGCACACAAAAUUCCUCCUCUACCUGUACUUUCAAAGAGCAACUGCCUAGGUAUCAGUAUUCUCGUCCUGCUUCUGAUGUCAACAUGCUUGGGGAAAUGAUGUUCGGCUCUGUUGCCAUGAGUUACAAAGGAUCUACAUUGAAAAUACAUCACAUACGUUCCCCCCCUCAGCUGAUGAUCAGUAAGGUUUUCUCUGUCAGAAUGGGCAGUGCUGGUGGAAGCUCAAAUAUGCUGCAAGAUAGUUUUGAAUACAUCACCCAAGAAGCCAUCGCUGGAAAGCCCUGUCUUAGUCAGAAUGGUAGCAGUAACUCUCGUGCUGGCAGUAACCUGGCUCAUAGUACGCCUGUAGAUAUGCCAAGCCGAGGUCAAAAUGAAGAUGGAGAUAGUGGAAUAGCGCGGUCAGCAUCCCUAAGCAGUCUGUUAAUUACACCAUUCCCUUCUCCAAAUUCCUCCUCCUCCAGUAGCUGUGCCAGCAGUUUCCAACGGCGCUGGCUACGCAAUCAGACUACCAGUCUUGAAAAUGGCAUUUUUCCCAGGUGGUCAGCUGAGGAGACAUUCAGUAUGGCAGAUGACAGCUAUACUUCAAACCCUCAGAUGAUCCGGAGGAAGAAGAUUGCCAUCAGUGUUGUUUUCUCUUUGCCAGAGAAGGAAGAGGGGAACAAGACUUUCCAGGAGUUCUUUUUUUCACAUUUCCCUCUCUUUGAGACGCACCUGAACAAACUAAAGAGUGCAAUUGAGAAGGCAAUGAUUUCCUGCAGAAAGAUUGCAGAAUCUAGUCAGAGAGUACAGGUUUACAUCAGCCAGGUAAUGGAGGGCCUGGGAGAAUUCAGGACCACUAUAUGCAAUCUUUACACAGUCCCGAGGAUCAUAGAACCUGUGUGGCUUACCAUGAUGUUUAACACAUCAGAGAAGAAUCGGUUAUGCUAUCACUUUGUCAGAGAUUUCACCUUGCUGAUAGAGCAUAUGUCAAAGAAUCAAUUCCUUUCAGCUUUGCUGACAGCUGUGCUCACAUAUCACCUUGCCUGGGUUCCCACUGUUAUGCCGAAUGAUCAUCCACCGAUAAAAGCCUUUUUUGAGAAGCAUGCAUCACAGAAUGUGGACUUGUUGGGAAAAUCACAUCCAUACAAUCCUCUCUGGGCACAACUUGGUGAUCUGUACGGAGCAAUUGGUUCUCCAGUGAGGCUCGCCAGGACUGUAGUGAUCGGAAAGCGUAAGGAAUUAGUUCAACGCCUACUUUAUGUCCUUAGUUACUUUAUAAGGUGCUCAGAUCUUCAAGAGAACCAGCUAAUGCGCAAGGGGAAACUACCAGAAGAUGAGAACUUGCAAACGGGAACCAAGAUCUCCACUGCAUUGGAGAAGGGAGAAGUGGAAGAAUCUGAAUAUGUAGUGGUCACUGUUCAUAAAGAUGACCUUGCUUUCGUGACUCCACCAACAAAUGUUAGGAAAGGAAACAUCAUCGUUAUAGACAAACCAACGCAAGUAGAUUUCAAAUCCAAGACAGACAGCAGCAGAAAGACUGAAUCAGAUGGCUGUGAGAAGUGGACUUCUGGACAGUGCAGUGAAUCUUCCUCUGUUUUGAAUGGUGCCAAAUUUGAUGCUGCUAACACUUGCAGAAAAGUCACAGUGUUUGUUCAGGAGAACAAAAGAGAGGCAGUGACGACUGUGAAAGAGGCCGCAUUGGGUAACGCAGAGAUACAAAUGCUUGUCCAUGAGGCAGUCAGGUUAACUGAAGGAUCUUCUCAUUCUGCAUCACCUACUACAACUAGUCCUCCAGUGAAAAGGUCUCCAGCUUCCAGUGUUACGUCUGGAAUGAAGUGUCCAGACAGGCUUCGCCAAAGGAGCCCACACCUGCAGGACAGAGUACUGUUUCAGAUUGGGUCUUCAUUAUCACCUGAUUCAGAUAUUGAGAUUAGAAGGAAGGAAAUGGAAGAAAAACUAGAACGUUUCAGGGACCACCAAGGUGGAAAAAAUGACAACAAUAGUCAAAUGCAGAAAGGCAUUGACUUCCCAGAAACAGAUGGAGUAGAUCAACCUGCUGAGGAGCAACCAGAGCUAACUGAGGUUGUAGGCAGAGUGCAGGUAAAGCAGAAACAUUGUUAUGCAAGAAUCCCUUCCUGCGAAGGAAGCACAAAUAUCUUUGAAUAUUUCACUGAGGACAAUGGCAUUGAAGCAAACACAGUGGAUGAACUAACUAAGCAGGUUGCUAGCAUCACCAUUCCAAAGGAAACACUCAAAACGUCUGGAUCCUCAAGAGAAGAAAACCGCUCAGAGAAUACUGAAACAAUAAGGACUUUGUGCUGUGACAUUAUGGAAAUACCACCUCCUGAAUCAGUUGACACUAGUUCUGGCAAUCAGGAUUAUGGGGACAGAGCCUCCGAUGCCAUCCCCUGUAAGGAGGAUGAGGAUUCUGGGAAGAAAGUUACCUUAAGGUUAGAUGGUGAUAUUCCCAGGAAUGAAAGUUCUGACAGUGCUCUUGGAGAUAGUGAUGAUGAAGAUGUGACCCAUGAUUCGCCUGUUCAUGGACCUGAGUUUUUGAAUGAGAGACAAGAUGUCAUGGAGGAGUUUGAACUUCCAACACCAAGCAUCAAAAUGAGCAGCAGGCCAAGUAUCAAUAAUUUUGGAAAAUCUUUGUUUGGCGGAUAUUGUUCUCAGUAUGUCCCAGACUUGGUCUUACAUGGAACUAGCUCUGAUGAGAAGCUGAAACAGUGUCUAAUGGCAGAUUUAGCUCAUGCUGUGCAAAACCCUGUUUUAGAUGAGCCCAUUGCAGAAUCUGUCUGUAUUAUUGCAGACACAGAUAAGUGGUCAGUCCAAGUGGCUACAAGCCAGAGGAAAGUAAUGGACAACAAACUGGGCAAAGAGGUAUUGGUCUCUAACCUUGUGUCCUCCCUGCUCCAGUCCAUUCUUCAACUCUACAAACUACAACUCCCACCUGAUUAUUGUGUAAUCCAUCUUGAGGAUAGACUUCAAGAGCUUUAUUUUAAAAGCAAGAUGCUGUCAGAAUACCUGAAAGGCCACACUAGAGUGCAUGUAAAAGAACUGGGAGUAGUGCUGGGGAUUGAAUCAAAUGACUUGCCUCUGUUGGCUGCUGUGGCAAGUACUCAUUCUCCAUAUGUUGCCCAGAUACUCUUAUAAGCUAAAACCUCAGAACAGCCUUUGUCCAGAAAGGAUUUUUUAAAAAAUCAAACUGAGAGCAUUGGAUGGCACGGAGUUGGAAAACUUAAUUAUACACAUUAACAAGUAUUACGCAGAAUGAUGACCAGCUAUGUUGUGCGUUCAGUAAUCUUCUACAUGAAUGGUUACCUACAAACUGCAACUGUUUCAUCAUCUUUCAGAAAAUUUCUGGGAUACAUGUCCAUCCAUCAGUGAAAAAUUUUAACGACGAGUGCUUCAGGUUUGUUUUUUUAACAGAACUUAAAUGAGAUCUGCUAAACUCACUAAACACUAAAUAUGAUUGCAACAAAAGCACGUAUUUCAUACGAGGCAGACUCUUUAAGAACUGACCAGGCUCUCAUGCCAUCUUGAAUGCUUCUGUGGUGUUUUGACUUUGAGUCACUUCAGCAGUUGCCUUAACUGGUACAUAGUUGAGUAUUAGAAAAAUUAUACAUAGCAUUCCUAUUCAGAAGAAUUUGAAAUUACAUCUAUUGAUUUUACAUUUCUGAAUCGCUAGGAUACUGUACAAUCCUGCAAAAAAGCACAGCAAAAAAACUAUCAGAUUUAGCAGUUUACUUUAUACAAAUGGUUUGACAUGAGUUUUUUGUGAGUUUAGUUGUCUAUCCAAGUAAAGGGACAAAGGCAGAAUCAUAUUUUUUAAAAACUUUUACGGGGUAUCUUCUUUAAAUGAGCGCUGUUUACAAUGGUUUCUCAACUUAUGCAAGUUUCUGUUAAGCAACAUAUAUGGAAUAUUGGGGUUAAUCUUGUGACAUCAGCUUUUUACAAAAUGUAACACUGCCAUUUCGCAAUUAAUGAAUAAGGUUAUUAGGUGUCACCAACGCAGUCAUGCUGAAUAAUCUCCAGACUGACUUUAGUGGAGAAUUCUGAGAUGUUGAAUGACAAAAAUAAUGAAAAUUGGGGUGGGGAGGAGCAAGACCUGUAUUCUUGUGUAAAUGAGUGCGGUACAAUCUCAGCUGGUAAGAAUCACAUAGAGGCUGCUUUAUCAGAAAUCUAUCUAGUGGCGCAAGAGCAUUUCAAAAACCAACUGGGGGAAUGUUCCAAUUAAAAGCUACAAAUAAUUUGUUCGAUGACUAUCCCAGAAUAUGCUAAUACUUUAUGGAGUGGAUGGGACAGGAAAGGUUCAAUAGUAUACUCAAGCCAAUAGUGUUCCCUGUGGAACUGGAUAGUCAGCUCAUUGAUAAGUCACCUUUGUGAAAUAAUGCACAGAAAAUCAUGAAAAUGAUCUUUCUGCCAUUAAUUUUAGCACAAUAGGCUAGAGUUCCCUAUCUUGUACAUAUGUUGACUUUGUUCAUAAAAUUAUCAACUGGAGAAAUAUCACUGUCCUCCCUCUCCCUUAAUCCAGCCUUCACUAAUAGAACAAUCAUCUCUUAAGGGUUAUAUAUUUUACAUAAAAUGACAGGUAUAUUUUCACUCUUCUGAUUAUUUUAGUUCUGAAAAGGCUGUGGGCAGGGCUUCUGUUGAUACAAAACUUUAAUUUAAGCUUAUAGUUGAUUGCCACAUAAAGAGAGGGGGUCAUAUUUUAUGCUGAGAAUUAUGAAGUGGGAAAAGUUGUGAAAUUCACUAUGAACAUUUGUCUGAAGUUGAUGCUCAUCUUGCUGUUAGGUAUUUUGGUAUUUUCAUUGUGUGUAUGAGCUAAUGCUGUACUUCAGUUUUUCUUAGGGGUUACUUUUUUGGGAGCCUCUGGAACCAGAAAUGUAGCAAGUUUUAAACCUAAAUUUAACAUUCCAAUAAAUAAAUACUAUAUCUGAGCAUGAGAAUAUUUCUAAUAUAAAGUAAAUAGAUUGUUAAUUGUUUGGGAGAAAGUGGAGACUUGAUUGUUUAGGUUUUGUCCUUUAAACUUUAAAAUUAUUUAAAAACUAGAAAUGUUGGGUGUGCCACUUUGUGGGCAGCAUACCAUUUGAUUUUCUUGCCUCAAGCAAUUAUAGAUUACUGAUAAUACGGCUCGACUUCUAACAUUUCUUAAAACCUAGCAAACAUAAAUUGACUUAUUUUAAUAUUCCAUCUCAUUAAGUUUUUAAUUUAAUCCAAAUACCUAACUCCAUGGAACCUCUGCUUCAGCAGAUACAGAAACUGUUAUAAGCUAAAUUGGGUCUGGAUAUUUGCAUCACUCAUUUGUUACACAAUAAUUACUUAUAUGCAUCAAGACAGUGAGGAAUAUGUUAUCCAACAUGCAUAACCAUGCUCCAUAGUUUGAAUAUUGCCCUUGAUCCUACCUUUGUUACUUGUGCAAGCAGGCCCACUCCUAUUUGGAAAACCCACCUUAGCUGCAAUGGAAAAUGAAACGCAUGGAUCAUGUCAACCCUAAAUAGGACAUACCACUGCACAGUAUGAAGCCAGGGUGAGGUUUCAGCUGCCUAACUCAAAGAUUAAGAUCAGGAUUUGGCUGCUAGAUGGAAUUGACGUUGGUUGCUGCUUAAGUUCGAUGACCAGUAACCCCAUACUUUGAUUCCUUGUUGUUUAGUGGCUGGACUCAGAUGAAAAGCAUUUUGUCUGCAUUGAGUCAUGGAACUAAAUCUCGUCACUAUACCAUUCACUGCUCCAGUACAUUCUGUUUUGAAAUGCAGUAGCCAAUGUAUUUGAUUUUUUCCUAUUAUAGAUCUUAAUAUGAUCAUCCCCUUUCUGUAAAGGCAGCUCACAAACCUAUUGGGAGUAUUAAAGCAGCUUUGACUAAAGCUCUCUUAUUUUCCUAAUUGUGCGCUUAAAGGAGUUUAAAGGCUGAAUUAGUCACAUUUUGUGACAGUGCAUUAUGUAAUUGCUGUUAUUAGAAUUCAGAAGUGUAAAGCAAAUUUAAAAUAUUGUUUCAUUUCAAAUAUGAACAGAGAUACUCCUGAGUUGCUGACAUACCCAAUACUUCAGGUAAGCUAUAGUUCAGUUAGUUGCAGCUGCACACUUGAGCUACAGUUGAUCUAAUCACUCGCUGAAAGAGAUCUGAUAUGUUGCCUCACCAUCUUUUGCAGUAGAUCAUGGCAAGUGUGGAAUUUGACUGGAAGUAUCAAAAUUGAUCUAGAAUGUUCUGACAUUGCCAAAAUAUUUCUUUUGAAGCGUUCAUCUUGAUUUAUUGGGCUGCUUUAUUUGCUGGAACACUGUAUUUUGCAGUUUCUUCAAUGUCCUCUAUGCCAUCAUCUAAGUGCCAGGCUGAGCGGCUUAGACGACCAUGGCCUUUGAAACUUUCCAAUCAUAGAACAGUGGAUGAUCUUGUCGGAGUUCUGGUUAAGCCAGUCUUUAAUGUUGUUUAACUGCAACCUUAGCUGUUGACCUCUUGCUCUUCCAUUAACCUUUCCUGUGGUGUUUAGGCACUCCAACCCUUCUGCACAGAUAGCGUGUCUGAAGAACUCCAUUUGUCAUCUUUUAUUAUUUAAGAAUUCUCUUGUUCUUCUGGCCUCACGCAAUAUUUCUUUAUUAGUUCUCCUCCACUCCCCCCUCAGCUUACCCUUAGGAUCCUUCUUAAGCACCACAUUUCAAAGCUCUGUAGAUUUUCUUUUCUUCAUCAUUUCCGAUGCUCCAAUUUUCACAUCCAUAAUUCAUUACUGACCAGAUAUAACAUUUUAGUACAUAGAUUCUUGUUUCAAGAUCCGAGCUGACAUUUCUUAGAAUGUUGCUUAAUUUUGUAAAAACACUUUUGGCUUUUCCAAUCAUUCUUUGGAUUUCAAGUAUUGCCUUUCAGUUGUGUAAGCCCAUAUCUACCUAUUCCUUUUAUGACUGUAUAGAUUAAUUUUUGCAAGCCUUCAUUUGUUGCUAUAAGUACAGUGUCAUUAGUAUAGUGGAUGUUGAUGACCCUCCAUCCCUUCAAUUCCUCAGAACACAUUUACUGUGUAGGGAAUCCGGUAGAGAACGUAGCUUUGUCUAGCGCCUCUUGAUUGCUUUCCAAUCACUCAGCUCAUUUUCAUACCUGUUCAUUGCUAUUUGAUUCCAGUAAGUAUUCCUGAUGAAUCGAAGAUCUUUCCCAUUGAUGUCUUCCAGCGUGAGUUGAUUAUAUUUGAUUUUCAAAUGCUUUAGUAUAAUCAAUAAAACACAGAGGUCAUUUUGCCUUUCUGUCAAGGCUUUUAAAAGAGCUUUUAAAAGUAUUUCGUGUUCCUUUAUUUACAAAUCCACACUGUCUGAAAUCUGAUUUAAUUUUCUCACUAGCUCUAGCCUUUAGGAUUCUGAGGAUGAUCUUUACUACAUGACUCAUUAGGUUGAUUGUUCAAUGUCUCUUGCAUUCUAUUGCACCAGGUUUCUUUGGAUAAGUGAUAAAAACUGACUUAGAUCUUUAGGGAUAAUGCCAGUGUUGUAGAUCUUGUUGGCGAUAAUAGUCGAUUUUUCAGUUCCUAGCUCUUCCGUUGCUUCAAUAAUCUUUUUUUUCUUUCUUCUGGCCUCAGUGCUUUCCCUUUCAUCUUCUUCAGUGCAAGUCCCACUUCUUGCAAAAUUUCUGGGCCUGUUGUAAUUUUUGAUUGAUGGUUGAGGUCCUCUGUCAUCGUCAUACAGUUCUUCUAUGUAUCCACUUCAUUUUUCCCUGAUUUUUUUCAUUUCCAUUAGAAUUGAACCAUCCUUCACUUUCAAACAUCCAGUGGAACUGCAAACUUUUCUUUCCCAAACUUUCAUUUAACAACUUGGUGAAUUUCCUUAGGAUGCAAUAUUUUCAGUGACAAACACAUUUCAAUUGAGACUUCCAGUCAUUUUUCUUUUUCUUCAGUUCACUCCUGUUUUAUUUCUUGGUUCAGUCUAUUACGUUCUAAUUCUGACCAUUUCACUUUUCUUUUCUCCCAUCAACUCCAUGAUUAUUUCUGUCAUCCAUUUUUACUUGAAAUGAUUUGCUUUUGUCAGAACCUGAACUUUCGUACUUUCUAUUAAGACCUCCUUGAACAUGUUAAAACUCCACUUCUCUGUUCAUUGCUGCUUCCACCUACAUCUGUAAAGCAGUUCUUUAUCUCUACUCAGAAUUCUUCUUUAAUGACAGGGUCUUUCAGUCAUUCAAAAUCCAGUGCCUUUGGCUUUCCUUUUACUUCACUAGGAAUUUUCAAUUUGACGUUCAUUAUGGUAGCCUGUGGCACAUGAUCACUGUUAUAGUCUGCUCCAGGUUAUGAUUUUGACUGUUUAAUGGAGUUUCUGAAAGGUCCAUUUAUUGUAAUAAAGUCGAUUUGAUUUCUUAUUUGGUCGCCUGGACUUUUCCAUGUUCAGCUUUGCUUGGGGUGAUGCGUAAACCAGGUGCUUUGGUGCUGUCAAAACAAUCUGCUUUUUACAAUCGACCCACAUGUCAACUCAGUUGUCUGAGACCAUCUGGCCCAAUAAUAUCUUGUGCACAAGAAUUUCUUACCUUUGCAUUGAGAGCUCCCAUGUCAAUGAUAACUUGAGAACUACAUUGUUUUCUUGCUUGAUCUAGUUCAUAGAAAACUUCAAGGUCCUCAACAAACACACUUUGGGUUGGGUAUAUACUUAUAUAAUGCUCAAGUUGGAAGGUGUACCUGCUGUUCUGACACUGAGAAUUCUCAUGGAAAUAGCCCACCCUCUUAAAAGAGGCUUGCAUUGUUUUUGAUCAAGAGCCACUGCGGCUCCUUUUUCAUGAUUCACUCCACCUGAGUGGAUAAUGACUUCAUCUUUGUGUUGGUACUUCCCAGCUCCUGUCCACCUUGCUUCAUAGAACAAGAAUACUGACUGACAAUCUGUGUAUCUUUUGAAUGAUUUUCUGCUUCCCCUGCUUGGAGAUAAUGUUCUAACGUUCCAAACAGCAAUUCUUUUGGUGUCUGUUUUUCUUUUCUUAUACUUGCUCUUAGAGCCUGUUGAGGGUGUGCAGUAGCAUCAUAAUAGUCAUGAUGGGAUCCACCUGCAAUUCAUGGAUGUCCAUAUCGAAUAGGUGUUGACACAAGUGGAGCCAUUCAUGCUGUUGUCUUGGUAAAAACUGUUUGUAUUGACCAUAUUUGGCUAGGGAAAAGGGAAGCAUGAUGUGGUUUCAAGUUGCCUUCUUCACUUGUGUUUGAAGGGAAUAGAAAUUUUCUUCCAAGAGGAUUCUGCACCUGGCAGCAGCCAGCCAUUGUCCUCUGAGGUUGUGGCCCCUCUGCCCCUACUGUUAAUGAUCACUCAUAAACCUGAGCACAGGACCCUUCCAGGUACUAUUAGCCGGGCCAGCUGAACAUGGGUUUUGCAAAAGGGCAAGGUCAACCACAGCUUGGGGGUCAUACCUCUGCUACUCACUAAUAUCCUCUAUGUAUUGAAAGGUUAAUUCAAAACCUAUGCAAAUCAAGCUUCAGAGGUUUUUCUCAUUACUUGGAGGGUUAAAUAUUGUAGGGGUAAAUGGCACUAAUUCAUUAAGUUCUAAAUUUGUAUUAAUGUUUAAUUAACCCCAGUUUUUAUUUGAGGUACCAAUCCACCUUGGCCAUUAGCUGCAUAAAUCCACUGUUGUAUCAUUUGAUGCAGAAUGUCAACCAUUGAGUGGAAUACAUUGUCCUAAAGUAUAAUAUUGGUGUUUUUGAAGUAAACCAUUCAACCUGAAGGUUAGCUUUCAGUUGUCAGUAGCAUUGAGAAAAGAGAGCUGAAGUAGCAAGUGUACUUGCUCAAUGAUUACACUUGUGUACCAGUGCCUUGAUUGUCCCUUUUAAAAAUAUGCUGUAGUUGGAGCAGGUCAUGAUGUUCUCGUUGUUCAGUCAGUCUGUUGAUCUGUAAUCUAAUCUUUUAAGAGUGCAUGUGGUCAUUUUUAAAACUCUUCUGUGUAACCUGUCUCGGUAAGAACAACUUGAGCAACUUAUUUUGUUUUCUUGCUUAUCCACCUAGAUUAUUGCCAGAUCCAGGAAGAGUACUGUUGUACUAUGUUGAUUUUUGCUUGCACCUUAAAAUUAUUGCUUUCUCAUUCACUCUUCUGCAUCCUUUGAGUGAAAGUGAAACAAAUGCUGCAGUUUAAUUCUGUAGUAACUCAGUUUAUUAAGUUCUUGUACCUGGCAUUUAGCACAUUUACUGGGUUUUUCUACACGUUGUUAAAGCGUAGUCUCGUACAUAAAUUUUUAAAUGUGGAAAAAUUGAGAACUAAAGAUUCUCAAAGUUUAUUAUUUUCAAUAAUAGAAAACUCUGAAGUAAGUUUAUAUUUUAAGUGGGAAUUUAAACUUGGCAAAUUCUGAGAACUGUUGCUUGUUAAAACUACCUCAGUUGACUGACAGGAAUUCAAACCUCGAGUUUGUUUAUGUUUCUAAUGUCUUAGCUGUCUAAAUUUGUCCUUCUGUAUUUUUGAAUUUUGCUAUAAAAACAAAUUCCUAAAUUGAUAAAUAGCAUGUUAAUGAAAAGCAAGUUUUAAUUAUGCUCGGCAUAAUUACUUUAUGUAAGUAGCUUUCCUGUUGUAAUACCUAAUAAAGUUGUUGUAAAAUGAACUUUGAAAACACUUCUGCAUGAGAAAUAGUUCUAGAACGUGACUCUAGAAUAAUAGAUCUAGCUGACACAGGUAUCUUUUAUUUGUCAUUAUUGUCCAUUUCAGUGUUAAUAUUAAACUACCUUUACUCACACCAUCUCCUUCGGACACUUGAAUUGUGUACAUAAAUCCAAGCCUGUUGGUUUGCAGUUUGUUCUGGAAGCCACAUGAUGUAUGAAACACUCAGCAUGCAUGCCAUGAUGCCAUUUUGUGGUACAUAAAAUUUUUGAUCUUUGACUUCGGUGUUUUAGCACUGUCAGAAUCAUAAUUUUAUUAAACAGGAGUUAAACUUGUCUAAUUUGCUCAGAAAUAGCUUUUUAAAUUUCCUGACAAAUUAUUUUAAGUAGCAACUUUGCAGUAUAGAAAAUUUGAGGCAGAGUCCUGAGCUAUGGGCUUCUGUGUAUUUUUAAGAAAAGGAAGUAAUUACAAAAUCUGUUCCACAGAAUUGGAGGUUUCCAAGUAAAAUGCAAUGGACUUUGCAAGUGCAGCGAACUUUAUAUUACGCGCUACAUUGUCAUUGUUAUCUAUUCAGUUCAGUGGUGCUAGGAUUGAAUAGAAUGUCAGAAAGAGUAGUUGUGCAGAUAUUUUCAUGUAAAUAUUCAGUGUAUUAUUUCUGAUCUUUUAUGUGCAAUAAACUAUUGGAUUAUA